AGUAACUUUUCAUCUCAUCCUUCCCAUCCAUGUAUAGAUCGAACUGCAAGUUGGUGAUCUUGGUCCUGGUGAUUUCGGUGCUAUCAGUGUUUGCCGGACCUCCCCACGGCCGCUACCUCGGAUCUGACUUGGAGCCUAGUUAUCUUCGAAUAGAUGCGGAAUUCACCGGGGAGAGCGAUCCUCUAAGCCUUGAUUUCAGUAUCGUAUGCGGUGCUACCCGUAAAAGGUUCGAAGCGUGGUUCAAAGUCGGGAUUUGGCUGCGUGCCCAGAACAUAUAUGCAAUCGAAUCCCCUCUAGAUAAGUAUAAGCAACUUCUAUCCUUCUACAACAAGGAAUGCGGCCGCACUCGAGCAAGUACGCCCGAUUUCUACAACUUCUACUACGACCAAAAAGCUGAUAUCGUCUCUGUUAAAAUCGAAGGGCCUGGAAGGGAGAAGAAGACGAUUAACCUAUAUAAGAAAGAUUCGUAAUUUUGGCACCGUUAGCUUGGAGGGGAUGAGAUGGCCUCCCGCUGAGGAUAGUCUACUGUAACAUUCCUUCUAGCAUCGUCCUUUUCUCCCGUCAGAUGCUUUCAUUAUAAAUCUUUCAUUCAACAUCCACCCGCGGAUAAAUGAUUAUUACUUUUCCCAAUCUCAUCGGCACUUUUUAUCGGAAAUUUCAUUCGAAAGGAUGGAUAUAUAAUCAUCUUUUAUGGGCUAGAGUGUAUACAUUUUCCUUGGAGUAUACUGAGCAUGCAUCUGCCCAUACGAAGAGUCACGUUCGGUUGGUCAUAUCAUCGAGCCGAUUAUGAGGUCUUAUUGGUUGUCUCAGUCGGGGCAUGCUUAUCGAUAGCGUACAGCUUUUGAGGAUCUUAGAGAUUUACAGGGUCUGUCCA